UGGCAUUUGUAAUAAAAGGUCCAUGCGGUUGUUGCAGGUAUUGUACACGAAGUAUAGAACACCUUUGCGUGGUUAUAAACCACUACAUGUUUAAAACUUGUAAUGAAUAAACAAGUGUAUUAUUGAUGACAUCUGAAGCAUGGAUUCCUUGUCAGAGCUCCAACUGAUCAAUGACUAUCUAAUCCGAAAUUGUCAAGAGAAGGACAAGUUCAUCCGUAGAUGUGGGCCACUACUUCGACACUGUCAGUGUGGCGUGGUGACUCAGAAGAUCCUGGAAGAUCUCUCCUGUAUAGAGACCAGAAUCAACACGGAGGAGUACAGGAACCUGUUCUCAAAGACACUAGCCUGUCAAGACUUCUCAACAGAUCCACCUCUUGAACCAGAUCCACCCCUGGACCCGACUGAUGGACCUGUUGUGUCCGAGGAAGUCCAGUACAUAUCCCAGGGGCCACAGAGGACACUCAAGUUGACAUCAUCGUCCAUGACCUUCCCUCUACGCCUCAGGCAGGGGGAGACUACUCUUUCAGUAUAAGCAGUGACAUGACCCUCACUACCAAUGAACCAACUGUGAGAAAAAUUGCCCUGCCACCCUAUCCAGGAACAACUCACCAUGCACCGUCUGACAACCAGGAUGCGGCAUCGGCUGAAACAUCAUCAGCUCUGGAAGCUCUACAAGCCAUUGCUGGUGUUGCCGGGGAAACAGGUUCCCUGGUGGUAUACGAGCAGUUGGUAGAUGAGGAACAGGUGAUCGUGGUGACCACGGACCAGAUGCUGCACUUGUCCGAGAUUCAACAAGAGGCAAAUGAGAUCACUGUGUUGGCCCGAAACUGCAAGUCAACAACCACCCAUUGGUGACAGCAAUACAGAUGCUGAGAAAUAUUUGACAGAAAUAAAAAAGGAUUUUAUCUCCAAAGAGGAAGAAAAGGAAUUAUUAGAGAAAAUCGCAGUAACACCAACGCAAGGCAAGACUGCUGUUAUUUCUGAUAAGGUGUACCAGUGUAAUUUGUGUGAGAAAUCCUACAGCAAAAUUCAGAGCUACAAGGAGCAUUGUCUGAAGCAUGACAAAUCGAGACAGGAGAGGUGUAAAUGUGACAUCUGUGGCAAAGGAUUCUCCAAACCAUUCUUGCUCAAGACUCACAUGGAAACCCAUAACUGCUUCAAGCCAGAGAAGUGUGGAACAUGUGGCAAAAGAUUUGCCCAAAGGAGCUCCCUCACGCGACACAUGAAAAUACACACGCAGGAAAAGCCAUAUUCAUGUGUAGUGUGUGAUAAGAAGUUUAACCAGUUUAUCCAUGCUAAACGACACAUGGCAUUACACUCUGCGAACAGACAGAAGUGCCAUUUAUGUCCUCGGACAUUUCCCCAUAAAAAAUUGCUCGAUAAGCAUUUAGAAAUUCAUGAAAAUUUGGCUGCACAGCAAAAGGUGCCUUUAAGUCCAAGUAAUGUGCCCAUUGGUAGCAAAGGAAUCAUAAAAAAAGAAUCCAGAAAAACGGAAAUUCUCGUGUAGGUACUGUAUGGACAAGUUUGAUUUGAAAACAGAUUUGAAAGCUCAUUAUGAAUCUCAUGCAGAGGACAGGCCGUUUAAAUGUGAUGUGUGUGGGUUUAGAUGUGUGUCUGAACGAGGGCUGACAUUCCAUAAAACUUCCCAUACAAACAGUUCAAGCAACAUGUGCGAGGUUUGUGGUCGGACGUUUAAAUAUAGAGCUGGCUUGACGAACCAUCUCCGAGAACAUGCUGGUACGAAGCCUUUCCUGUGUGGGCAGUGUGGGGAGGGGUUUGUGUUUCAGCGUUUCCUCACACGACACUGUAAGAUCAAGCAUAAUAUUGUCCAUCAGCACAGUUGUAAGACAUGUGGUCAUCAGUUUAAAUCAUUCAAAGCAUUGAAAUAUCACCGUGCAACAACUCAUAGGAGACAGCCGAGUGUGUUUACCUGCAGGAAGUGUGGAGAGAAGAUGAGGGGCAUGGCUAGCCUCAUCAGUCAUCGGAGGAAACAUCUUGAAGAGGCAUCAUCUGAAGGAAGACAAGCUACAGAUGCUGCUGAUGAGACUGUGGAACAAACAGACACAGAGAACAGAGGUACGGAGGGGGAAGCAGAUGGGGAUAUACAACAUUUGCUGAAGAGAUUCACAAGGUCAGGAGGGGAGAGUACUCCUGGGAAGUACCAGAAAAUGAUCAAGAGUAACUCCACCAGUGCUGGAGACACAACAGAUCAUUCAGAAAAGGCACACCCAGAGACCCCUAGAAUCGAAGACAGCUCACCUGUUGUGAAAAAUGACACGACCCUGGACAAGGACAUCAGUGGUGAUAUUGUGUUCAAUGCACAAGGAAAACCACGGAAAGCGUGUCCUAUCUGCAACAAGAUGCUACACCCGACAAGCAUCUAUAAACACAUCCGAGACCACGACCGACCACAAAAUGACAACAUGUCUUUCACAAAGAGCGGCCAGCCGCGGAAACCAUGUUCUGUAUGCAAUGCACUCAUCUCCGAAACAAGCUUAUACACACACAUGCGGGUUCACAAGAAACAUGGGGAUAUCCCAGCAUUCCCUCCUCCGAAGCAGGAUGAUGGGAAGAAGAGAAAUCCGUGUAAAGUGUGUGGAAAACUCUGCACAGAUUCGUCAAUGUCCAAACACAUGGUGCUACACAUGGCAGAACGGCCUUUCAGCUGUGAUAUAUGUGGAAAGAAAUUCACUCAAAAAUUCCAUGUUACACGUCAUAAACAUUCUCAACAUGCUAAGAAGUGACUGGGUCUGAUCUUGAUGUGUUUUAUCUUAAGUAUUGAGAUACUUGGUAGUGAAAGUUCUGAUGAUUCUGAUGUUUUCGCUUAAGUAUUGACAGACUUCUAAGUAAAAUUAAUGAUAAUGCUGUUGUUUUACCUGUACUCCCCUAAUACUUUCUAGUUGAAUAACGAGAUCAGGAUGUUUUACCUUACAUAUAAGUAUCAUACUUAUAAGUGACAGUAUUUGUGAUCGAGAAACACUUCAUUUUGGGCUUUUAACUUGCUCCGGUCAUAAAUCUGAUUUAAUAUGUUCAGUAUCAUUGCCAAGCAAACGUACCGGAUUUUCUUAAAUUUAAACCUUAAAGGGAUGGUUAAUGUAAAGGUGACAUGAAAUGCAUAAAUAUUGGAGCAAUAAUGCAUGAUGGGAAAACCUGCCUGGAUUGCUUCAAAUGUCCCCAGGCAUUUUGUUCAAAGCUUCAGUCUGUCAAAAGCAAGAAAUAUGAAAAGAUAUUCAUGAAGGUAAAUUUUUGCCCAGUGAGACAUUUCAAGAAGCUGUAAAUAUAGUGCAAUAUUUGAUCCUACUAUGCUAACAAUGGAAUAUGCAAUGGUUGUUGUCAGGUGCACUUAGCCGAUAUUAUUUUAAGCUCACUCGACCUGAAAGGCCAUGAGCUUUUGUUAUCACAAUUUCGUCCGUUAGCUACUCUGAAAUUGUUUCAUGGAAUCAAUGAAAUUUUGUGCAGAUCUUUGUUACUGUAAGGAGUUUCAGAUUAAUUCAAGACAUCAGAAUUGGGAUUUCAACAUGGUUGCCAAAGAGCCAUCUUUGAUUCCAAAAUGGAAACAUUAAAUAUCUUCUCCAAGCCUUAAAGGGGCAGAGGCCUGAAACUUGGUAGGUAAGAUAGGUGGGUUCUAUCAAUAUUUUCUUGAUCUGAAAUGCAGUAUGGCUGCCAUAGAUUGAAAAAUAUAAAUGAUUGUAUGAAAAAUCAUUCGACCAAUGAAGCUGAAGCUGCGCAUGCAUGUCAUUUCAACCAGUAAAGAUGCCUGACUUCAUUCAACAGGUUUUAAACCAAUUGUUAAUGAUUCUUUCAAGUUCUUAUCCCGAUGAGCUACAGUUCCUUAAGCGCCAUUAUUGUUAUGGUAGUAAUACCAGCAUAUUGUUAGGUUUACCAUACACCCUCGUGAGAUCAUGAUAUAUAUGUGCCUUGUGUACUGACAGAAAUGUUGAAAUUGUGUGGUGUUACGGCAGUCCUUGAUGCUUGCUUGGAUAAAUAUAGCUCAACAGUGUAUGGUUAUUGAAUGAAUAACAUGGUUGUUUUGAAA